UGUGGUGGAGGGUGGACAGAGCUGCGGCCAGACAGCGUCCUCGUACCAUAACAAACAUGGCGCUGCUUCACAGGGAAAGUUGACCGCAAAUAUGACCCAGUUCGGUGGAUUUAACACACCCCCAGGUCCUUAAAAUCUCCGAGUCGAUGUAGAGGAGCCUCGGGCUUACACAAAGGGAGUGUGAGAGUUGAAGAUGCAGCCUCCAGCGGCGGCGGCAGGUGGCAAGGAGCUCUGAGGGACUGUGUGACCUGAAAUAUUGCAGACACUUGCUACUGCAAGAGUGAAUAAUUAACUGGGCACGUGAAUCCUGACGUUGAUCCUUCAUAACUGGCACUCUUUACUCUUUCAGUCAUGAGUGAGGGUGGCAAAACCAGGUGAUGGUAGGUGUAGGAGCAAGAGGGGCAGCGUGGGCCCUGGGAGGGGCAUAUGCUCCUCCCCACGGUGCUGGUCACAAUACUCUUUUAGAUGUGCUAGGAGGAGAGCCUGGGGGACCUCCGCUGGAUGGUGCCUCACUUACUGUUGCGUUAGAUGUUGUGCAGGCAUGGGCAGUGCUUAUCACUGUUGGCUUCACUCUGGUGCUCUUCUUCUUCUUGGCAUUUUGUGUGUGUGCCAAGAAAGAUGAUGGGUUUGAUGAAUUUGAGCUAACACAAGGAAUAACAACAGUGAAGGUGUGUCAUGAUGGGGGUGAGAAUGGGCUUGGCAGCUAUCCCCGCAUCAACGGCUCCAAUACACCUAGAGUUAGUGAUGACGUCUCAGAGGCAUCUAGCAGGUGUACACUGAAGCGUGAACUGCCUGCAAUUCCCCUUAGUGCUCAGCCUGAUCCUUCAUCAGUCGAGUGUAAUGUAGAACGCACACAAUCACAGCACUCCUCAGAUCUUUAUGCAGCUGUAGGGGAAGCCAAUGAUGCUGGUGGAAGUGGCAUAGGAAAAGUUAUUGGAGGGGUUCAGGUUCUUCCUGCUGGUGCUAUAGGACCUGAUGGUCGAGCAGCUAUCAUCCGGGACCCAGCACAUACAUCACCAACAGACACUUCUGCUGCUCCACCACACACAGAUAGUACUGCAGUAUCAGGGAUAGGGACUGCAGCUCACCCAUAUGCCAAAGUGAAGAAGAAUCAUCCAUAUGCUCAUGUCAAACUACCAAAGAAGGAUCAUCCAUAUGCAAAGGUAGUCCGUGAUGAUUCUGAGGAUCCAGAAACGGACACUGAUAAUUACGAUGAUCCUAAAGCCAUUACCAAAGACAAGAGUUCUGGAUGGGACUCAGAAGGAGGCUAUGAACCUGCUCCUCCAGUACCAGAGAAACGCUUUGAUCUGGAAGAGGAGUCUGUCUGUGCUGGUCCUCCAGACAGUGGUCUGAUGACAACUUCAAUUACUUCUGCAUCCUCGGGUAAGGGGCCAUCCUCACCGCGAUCACCACAUCUCAAUGCUAGAUCGUCUAUGACUGGGUCUGUACCCUCACCAACUUCCCCGCACAGCAUAGGAACUGUCUCAGAUCGGCCACCAUCUACAGAAAUUCAGGCAGCCUUGGCUAUCUCAGGACGAACACCAGCCAAUGAAGAGAUGCCAUACAUGACUCCUCCAUUACAUCAUGUAAGUUUAAAAAUAACUUUUCUGUACUAUAUGACAGUAUCAGAUGACUCAGCUGAUGAGAUGUAUGCUUGCAUAUAUGAGGGUACAAGAGGGGUUGGCAGUGAAACGUAUGCACAAAUUGAACCACGUUCUACGCCACCACCACCACCACCCCCAAUGCCUAGCCCUCCACAUGCUCCAUCUACCCCUUCGCCCCUCUCCACACGAGGUGGAUCACAGCCCCCUCCUGCACCACCCAGUGUUGACAGUCUUCGCCAUGUUGUACAUUCCAGACAAGGACUGGUAGCAAUUAAUUCUGGAUGGGACUCAGAAGGAGGCUAUGAACCUGCUCCUCCAGUACCAGAGAAACGCUUUGAUCUGGAAGAGGAGUCAGUGUCUGGUGCUGGUCCUCCAGACAGUGGUCUGAUGACAACUUCAAUUACUUCUGCAUCCUCGGGUAAGGGGCCAUCCUCACCGCGAUCACCACAUCUCAAUGCUAGAUCGUCAAUGACUGGGUCUGUACCCUCACCAACUUCCCCGCACAGCAUAGGAACUGUCUCAGAUCGGCCACCAUCUACAGAAAUUCAGGCAGCCUUGGCUAUCUCAGGACGAACACCAGCCAAUGAAGAGAUGCCAUACAUGACUCCUCCAUUACAUCAUGCAGGCAUAGAGAUAGCAUCACAGCAGAACUUCAGUGGUGACUCUCAGGACUCGAGAGGCUACACGAGUAUCAGUGUUCGGGAACCUCUGGCAGCCAUUAAGGCACAGACACAAGGCUCAGCAGCACCCCAGCCAUCAGCUGCCACUCAGCCCCUCGAAGGAGAAGGGUAUGUGUCACAUAGGACUCCUUUUAAAAUUGUCAGGUCAUUCAGUGUCAAGUGGUCUGAUUUUAGAAAAGUGCCCCACCUCACCAUCAUGGAUUUUGAUAAAACUUGGUGUGCUGAAUCUUGCAUGUCUAAAACUAAGUUUGCUUCUUCAAGUAGUGCUGCUAGCACAGUAAUGGGAAGCCCUGGAGCAGAGAAGAGAGGUACUCGAUCUCCUCUGCCACCUUUACCUCAGGGAGACACUAGCCUCUACUCAGGCCCCUCUCCCCAGCCCCCACAUUCCCCCCCGCGAAGUGUUCCUCCUAUUGAGAGACCCACACAACGAGCACUUGAAGAAAUGUAUGCAAAGGUAAUGAAAAAGCAGCGUCCAGGACAUUCCCGUGGGGACAGUUCUGGUGGAGGAGGUGAGAGUGAUGCUGGCAGUGUUUCAUCUUCACGAAGAGGUUCUAUGGAUAUUGGUGGUGCUCGUUGGGGCUCCCAUGCUUCAUCUCCUCCAACAACCCCACGGCAGUCAGUCGACCUGGGAUCAAUGACACGCAGUCUUGUUGAAACUCGCAACCACGAAGUGGUUACAUCAAUUAGUCGAGCCAAGUCUUACGAGAAGACGGGUGUAUGGGGAAACACUACACAACAUUCACAGCCAACACUACCUAAUCCUAAUUAUGAAAUAAUACCACAACUCCCCACCAACUUCUACUCAGGAGGAUCUGAUCCUGGCUAUGAAACUGUGAAAAAUUCUGAACCUCCAUAUGCUAGUGUUGAAAGACCAGAGGAGAAUUAUCCUGGUUAUGAAACAGUAAAACAAACCUCAGACAUUGAGUCAGAACCUGGUUAUGAAACACUGAAGCACAGAGAAUAUGAACCAGGGUAUGAAACAGUCACUGGUGAAGCUAAACUGCAAAGUUCAGAACCUGGUUAUGAAACAGUUUCUCAUGACAAAAAUCAAGAGGAUGAUGAGCCUGGCUAUGAAACUGUAACACAUCAUAGAGCAGAAGCAUCUGACCCUGGUUAUGAAAUUGUUAAAGGAAAACUCACAAGUGAAUUUGGAGAUCCUGGGUAUGAAGAACUACAAGGUGCUAUCCAUCACACACGAACCACCUCGGAAAAUGACCCAAAUUAUGAACAACUCAAAUUUACAAGUUGGCAAUCAAGUGAUGGGGAUGUAGAACCUGGUUAUGAAGUAGUUAAGGUUGAGAAUGAAAGUACGUAUGAAUUUGUGCGAGACUAUGACACCCAAGAGAAUUAUCCUCCCUAUGAAAAGAUUGAUAAGCCUCUCAAGAAUAUCAGCCAACAGGACACUCCCUUGUAUGCAAGUGUACAGAAAGCAAGUACAAGUCCAGAAAAGAAACAGGCAUUGGACAAGAACUCAGAAGUCGAAAGCUUGAGAGCUGUUGGUCUUUUAGAGAGCGAUUUAGAUAGUUAUUUUAUACCUCCCAUAAAUGGUAAAGAUUUAAAAGAAGCUAUAACAGAAGAUUCUGAAGAAGAUAGGGAUUUACCAUUACCCUUGAAAAAGCCAGAGAGUCUACCAUUAUCAUCACCUGAAAGGAAAUCUCCUUCAUUAAAGAGUCCUGAUAAGGUUUCUCUGUCAUCAGUAAAGAGUCUAAAUGGAUCUCCCAUAGCACCAAGGAGUCCUAAAGAUUCUCCUGUAGCACCAAGGAGUCCUGAAGAAUCUCCUUUAGCACUAAGGAGUCCUGAAGGAUCUCCACCAGCACCAAGGAGCCCCAGAGAAUCUCCACCAGCACUAAGGAGUCCUAAAGAAACUCCACCAUCACCAAGGAGCCCCAAAGAAUCUCCAUCAGCACUAAGGAGUCCUAAAGGAACUCCACCAGCACCAAGGAGUCCCAAAGAAUCUCCAACACUAAGGAAUCCUAAAAUAUCUCCACCAUCUGUGAAAAUUACCAAUGUAACCCCACCAUCUUCAAGGAGUUCAAGUGAAUCACCACCAGAUUCUCCACCAGUGGUGAACAAUGGUACAGGUUCUCCACCACUAGUGAAGAGUCCUAAUGGAUCUCCACCAAUGGUAAAGAGUCCUAAAGGAUCUCCACCAUUGAUGAAAAGUCCAGAUAAAGUAUCACCACCACCACCAUUGAUGGAGAGUCCUGAUAAGGGAUCACCACCACCAUUAAUGAAGAGUCCAGAUAAGGGAUCUCCUCCACCAUUAAUGAAAAGUCCAGACAUGGGCUCUCCACCAUUGAUGAAAAGUCCAGAUAAGGAAUCUCCUCCACCAUUGAUGAAAAGUCCAGAUAAGGCAUCUCCUCCACCACUGAUGAAGAGUCCAGAUAAGGAAUCCACUCCAUUAAUGAAAAGUCCUGAUAAGGGAUCUCCACCAUUAGUGAAGAGUCCUGAUAAAGAAUCUCCACCAUUGAUGAAAAGUCCAGAUAAGGUAUCUCCUCCACCAUUGAUGAAAAGUCCAGAUAAGGUAUCUCCUCCACCAUUGAUGAAAAGUCCAGAUAAGGUAUCUCCUCCACCAUUGAUGAAAAGUCCAGAUAAGGUAUCUCCACCAUUAAUGAAGAGUCCAGAUAAGGUAUCUUCUCCACCAUUAAUGAAGAGUCCAGAUAAUGGAUCACCACUGUUGAUGAGUCCAGAUAUAGAACCCCCUCCAUUGAUGACUAGUUCAGAUAAAGAAACUCCACCAAUGAUGAAAAGUCCAAGUCCUGACAUGGACUCUCCACCUAUGAUGAACAGUGCAAAAGUCUCCCCACCUUUGGUAGAGAGCUUAGAUCAAGCCUUGAAAGACUCUCAGAUGGUACAGACCCCAGAUGGAGAGACUCCACCACUGACAAGAAGUCCAAGCCCAGAUAUUGAAUUUUCACCUAUGGUGAGAUUUUCAGAUAGACCAUCAUCCCCUCUAGCAAAAAGUCCUGAUGAAAAUAUACAUUUUCCAGAGGUGAUAAGUUCAGAGGGAGAAAUAACCUCAUCAGUGGUAAGCUCUGCUCCUAAAGUGUCACCAUCUCCAGAAUCCAGUGUGGAAACAAAAACAUUAGUGCUAAUAGUUGGCUCUGAUACAGAACCUUCUCUCCAACAGGAAGAGAUCAUUAAUAAAGAAGUGUCUCCAACUGAAGCAAGCCAUUUUUCUCAGCCUUCUACAUCUCGCUUAGAAAGUCCAGAUAAACAGUCUUCUCAGCCAUUGGUUCAUGAUGUAGAGGAAACAGUGUCCUCUCUAGAAGGAACCAUACGUGAACAAACAUUUUCAAUGCUUAAUGAGAAUCGAAAUGAAAUUAUUUCAACUUCAUUGGAUGAGGAUGAAAUAUUGCCACCCCAGCCACCCACUCCAGAGAGAGAAACAUCCCCAGUUGCAUUUAGCAGUCUUGGUUCAGUAGACCUUCCUGCACCUUUAUUGGUAGAAGAAGCUGAAAACCAGCCACAAGAAACUGUUAAUCCACUUUAUAUGUUAGAUAAUUUACAUAAUGAUAUUCAGCAAGAAAGUGCACCUCUUGUAGAGGAUGUUAGCACUACAGAGCAUGUCUCGUCUUCUGGAAUGUGCAGUGAUUUGCCUCCACUGCCUCCUCCAGUAAUGGAUGAUGAUGAUAGUGCUUUUACAAAUGACCUUCCUCCACCUUUACCUGAAGCAUCACCUCUUAUGCCACGAACAAGCACCCUCUGUGAAGAUACUCCACCACCACCAUUAGUACCUCCAUCAGAUGUUGAAGGUUUAGAUGAAUUGUUAAAUCUUGCAAAUAUGGGUUCAUCCUCAUCAGGAAGCACUGCAGGUCAACCUGGUAGUAUUCAUGGUAGCUCUGAGAAAGACUCAGAUUCUCCACAAGAGUCUGAUGGUGUUCAUAUGGAAGCUGCUAUAACUGCAGAUGAACUUCCUCCUCCACCUCCUCUUUCAGAGCCUUCAGAACCAGGGACGGAGCAUGAUUCUGAUGAGGAACUAGAUAAUUCUGUAUCAUCAGGUUAUGAAUGUGGAUUCACAGCUGGUGGCAUAACUGUUACAGUCAAUCCUACAGUUGAUGUGGAAGAACAGCCAGACUCUCCUGUUCAUGUACCACCAUCUAGUGAAACAAGUCAAGCAGCUCCUCCUUCACCUAUUGUUGCUGCUGCCAUAGGCACCAGCAGUGGAGGCAGCCAGAGCAGCAGUAGUGGGUCUGGUAGUCAGGACACUGGCAGUGGUAGCAUAGAGAGUGUAGUGACAGUGGAAUGUGCUGUAGGAGAUACAGGAGUUCAUGGAAGGCAGCAGUCCUCAGAUUCAUCAAGUCCAGAAAGUCGUCACCUUGAUCCACAUGAACAAAUUACAGAGGUAUGAAAAAUGCCUUUAGAUUUAAUGUGAGCAAUAUUAUGUGUUCAGUUUUGCUGGAUUGAAAGCCAGCUUGAUUGUGAAAUCAGCACUGAUGCUCAGGUUAUCUUCAGCAGUAACCAAACUUCCUAUCAGACUUUGGGGCAGCUCAUUUAUCUUGCACCAAAUGUAGUGUGUAUCUACAAUAGCAAGAUUGCAGCUAAGCGUUUGUUAGUCAUAUUUUUCACUAAUAGCAGUUAUGUGGACCAUCGCAAUUAGGCAACACUACUGUAUGUGAAAUACUCUGGUAGCUGUUGGCUGUGAAGUAUUGAUAUUAUAGUUUCCUUCUAGGUAAGAAAAGGUUUCCUCAGUAGACUUAGUACUAUUUAUGGUUUCAGUGAUAAAGGUAUUUUGACAGUGGUAUUGUUUACACAGUCCCACGGAAUACCCAUGUAUUAGCUCCACUUUCCAUCUUUUAACUAAGUGAUAGGCAGAAAACAUUUGAAUUACUGCCAGUUUUUACACAAGUGUCACGUCAUUUUUAUUUUUCCAAUGAAGCAAGCAUGUAUUCAGUGAAUGGAAGAUAUGGGUUUGUUAUUCCACAUUACCCUGUUUCACAUCAGUGUCUUUGUAACUGGGUGAAAUGCCGAUGGAGUUAAUUUUUGUAGGUGUGGCUCAUAGUACUGUUAGUAUGGAUUACUGUGGUGUGUAUGUGUUAGCCAACAGAGUAUUGGCAUCAUGUGCAUUGAUCUUAAAGCUUUUGAUAGUACUUGUCAUCAUCAAGCAUGUACACAGAGAAUGAUGAGAAGUUAAUAUGCAGUUUGUUGCCAAAGUUCCUGUUUUUGUGAAAACAGGCAGGUUGAAGCUUUAUAAAACUUUACCAUGUGUUCAGUACAUGUAAUGGUAAGUUCUAUUUAUUGUACUGUAAGGUUGUAGCCAGUAGACAGUUUGCACAUGUUUGCUGGAUCAUCUCAGACAAGUUAUUCCUCAUCCCAUUGGAGUAUAUGGCAGUAGCAGAUUUUUCCAGCGCAGCAUGUCUAGUGAUUUUUUAUAGAUAUAUGAUAAAUAUGACCAUUUCAAUUAGUAUAAUUCACUGUGCAAAACCUCACAGAUUUUAAAAAUACAAGCUCAAUUGCAUCUUACACACAUUAGAUUAUCAUUCAAAGGUGUUGUGACAUUUCUUUUCCUAUACUAGAAAAUUAUAAAACUAGUGUAUUUUUGUAGUGAUACACAUACAAUUUUGCUAUCACCAAUUCUUUAAUAAGAACACUAGAGUGUGUGCCGUGAAGUUGCAUAGCAAGUCAAAGGUUAGGCCCCUUUGCUUUUUUGACAUUUUUUUCUAGUAAUUCAAAGCUUUCUUUGGAUAUGCAGUCUGCCAUCAGUGCUAUUACUUAUGAUUUCUUUGGAGAAGCCUUAUUAAUGUUGGCCUGAAUGUGAACAAUUUAGUCUGGUUAUGAAUGUGAGCAUGAUGAACUACCAUGGUUAUUAAUGUCAUGUUCAACUUGGGUAAUUUAAUGCCUUUUGUUUGUGAAGAUGCAAGUCAAGCUCUUAUUAUGGUUGUCAGUGGUAUGCCUGCCAAAUGAUUUUGGGAUAUAAGUUUUAUAUAAUUAUCCUGAUAAAAAUAAUGAAUGUAAUAAUUAUGUUAUGAAUGUGAAAGUAAUACUGUGGUCAUGAAUUAUAUAAACAUAUCUGUUUUUAAAUGCAGUGAAACCUGAUUUGUCUGUUUAGAUCAGAUAGACUAAAAUCUAGAAACUAGCAAAUUAAUUGUUUUGAAAUGUAUCACUUGCUAAUAAAACUUACCCUUUUUGCAGUAAACUAAGUAGAAUGAAGGAUGUUAAAAAACAAAAAAUCUUUCAGGGAAAAAAUUUACAUACAUUUGUGUCAUAAAAUAUUUGUACAUAUUUUUCAAUAUUUAAAGCUGUCUAAAUGGUAAUUUUGUCCUUUAUAACCAUCUAUAAUGCCUAUAAAUUAAUAAUUUAUAAGAUUUUUUAUAAUUUAACAAAUGUCGAGGGAUUUCCAUUACACUGCCAAAUUUUCCAGUAUUUUAGCUGUAGCUUUUAUAUGAAAUUACAGUAUACACUAAAUUGUAAGGAAAACAAAACAUGUAAAAUUUCAUUUGAAAGUUUAAUUUGGAGUUUUAAGCAGAGUAGUAUCAAAUUUAUAGCAACAACGAAUGUUGAAGAAUGUGAAGGUUUCACUGUGUUGAGAGUAGCAUUUAGUAUGUGUGCCAAAAAUUAUGUGUUGUGACAUGUAAGCAAAUUAAUGUCCAGCAAUUUUAGGGUAUUAUUGUCUUAUAUUACAGCAAGUACUGUACAUGGAUUGUGUAUCCUUAAAAUUAGGCUUUCCAAAAUUGUGUACGUCCAAAUAAGCCAAUGAAUGAAGUGAGUUGAAUGAUGGUUUGUAUUAUGCAAUAGCAGCAUUUAUUUGUUAUUUAGUAAUUGGUUGGCCUUUAUGGCAGCUUUUUUGUUUUGUGUGCAUAAUAUAUUUUGUUCUAGUACCUGAAUGUAUGAUUUUCUUGUUCAUGGAGAACAAUUACACUAUUUAUUUUUCUAAAUUAGUGUUCUGUUUUUAUGCAUGUGUUUGUGUGUGCUUUUGUUUGAUACGUACAUGCAUACAUGGAUACAUGCAUACAUGGAUACAUGCAUACAUGGAUACAUGCAUACAUGCAUACAUGGAUACAUGCAUACAUGGAUACAUGCAUACAUGGAUACAUGCAUACAUGGAUACAUGCAUACAUGGAUACAUGCAUACAUGGAUACAUGCAUACAUGGAUACAUGCAUACAUGGAUACAUGC